AUGGGAUCGCGAAAACGUAGCCGCUCUGAAGCUGUCGCUGUCGCCAAACAUGAAACCCCCGAAGCACCUGGUUUACUGCAGCAAAUUCGUAACAGCUGGGAAUUUGCCUCACUUAUGCAAUACAUUGCCAUGUUCGGAAAAGUGAUGAAGAUUGACGAGGAGUUUGAGAUCGAGGAUCUCGAAGAUGAAUGUCUUAAGCCUGAGCCUUCGCAUAAGUUGUUGGAGAUUGGAUUGUGUAUGCUGAAAUGGAUUUCAUCGCAUCGAGGUCUCACAUUCGAGAAUUUCGAUGAGUACACUCGUCGACAGUACAAUGCUAAGGCGCCGCAUCUUACCAACCCAUUUGGAUAUGACGAGGAACCUCUAAAGUUCCUUCAUUUCGAUGUCUUUACAAAGCUUCGUGUUCUUCACCAGCUGUCCGUAUGGACUUUCUGGAACGUCGAUCGCAUUCGCGAUAAAAUGCCCGAGAAGAAAGAAACGGAGCAGCUUCAAUGGCGCAUUGAAGAGUUUGGAUAUGACCGAGAAGGUCGAUCGUACUACGUCCUGGAUGAUAAUCGUCUCUACCGCCGUACCGAGCCUGCUAUUCCCCCACCUCCACGCCCGAAGAAGAAGCCGAAGAGCCGUUCGUCGCGUGCAUCCCGAGCCUCGAGGCGCGUGUCAGGCCUCGCUGCUGAGGAACACGACGAUGAUGAGAACAAGACUGAUGCGGCCAACGGUGACUCCGGUGAGGACCAGUACAAGUGGGAAUGCAUCGCUGUUACUCUUCCAGAAUACCAAGCCUUUUUGGAAACUAUUCAUAAGAGCAAGGAUGCGGACGAGCAAUACUUACGCGAUCGGAUUGAAGAGCAUGUCAUUCCACUACUGGAGAAGGUCGAAGAAGCGCAACAGCGCAAGCGCAUUAAGCGUGAGAAAGAACUACAGAACAUGCAACUACUCGCUGGCGCUAAGCGAUCCAGCCGACUUGCUCAAAAGGAGGAGCGUGAGCGUGUUGAGAAGGAAGCUGUUGAAGCUGCCCGCAAGCGUGAAGCCGACCUCGUAGAGGCUCGACGAGAACAGGCCCGACAGAAGCAGCUCGAUCAAGAGCGCCAGUCACGUAUGAUGACCCGUGAACAGCGUACUCGGGAUCGCGAGCAAAAGCGUCUCCUGCACGAAGCAGAACUUGAACGAAUUGCCGAAGAGCAAGCGAAGCUGGAACGCGGCGAAGGCCGGGUCUCCGCACGACACCUUAAGGCCGAGCUGGAAAAGUCUCAAAAGACCCUGGCGGAUUUGACCCAAGAGGAUCAAUGGGUCUUCGACUGCUCUGGCUGUGGCACUUACGGUGAAAAUAUCGAUGAUGGUAGCCACAGUGUUGCAUGUGAGAAGUGCAAUGUCUGGCAACAUAGUAGUUGUCUUGGAAUCGCCAAGGAGGAUGCUGAGAAGGACGAUUUCCACUUUAUCUGCCGCGACUGCAAGCGCAAGCAGGAGGAAGCCAAUCGGCCAAAGAUCCCACCUCUCAAGUUCCGCGUCAGCUCUUCUGCUUCUCCCCAAUCCACACCCCCCACGGCCAAGAAGCGCAAGGUGGAAGAUGAUGAGACAGGACCAUCAUCCCCCGUGAAGAAGACCCACGUUGCUCUGUCCAACGUGCAAAAUGCUUCCCCUCGUCAACCUACGCAAAACCCCGCGCCUGCUCCUCAACCUCAUCUCCCAUCGCUUACCUCCCAAGGCCAAUUCUACGUCCCUUCAUCUCCUGAACGUCGUCCUCACCCGACAAAUCACACGCCUCUUCCAUCCUCCAGCCCUCCUCGACCUCCUUUCUCACCUCCAAAGAAUGGCGCUAUCUAUCCCUCCCUCGGCCACCACGCACAACUUGGGUCUGCGCACAUCUUGCAGCCCAUGCAACAUCCCAUGCAGCCGGGACCACAGCUACCUCCCAUCGGGGCUUUGAAUGCCGUGCGACCUCCUUCAUCCCACUCCGGGCGUUCUCCUACUCAAAACCAACCAUCCAUGUCACCUACACAGGGCAACCGCGACGUUGGCCCUCUGGCAGGAUUCCCGCACGCAGCCCACGCGGCAAAUGGAUCAGGACAUUGGUCAUCAUAUGAAAGCUACACUACUCCUCGCCCUCAGUCUGGCCAUGGCGCUCCGCCCGCUAUGUCUAGCAACUACCCAUCCUUCUCCGCCGCCGCAACCCCUAACGGCAACCACUCCUCUCCUCCGCACAGUUCGCACGGCAUGAGCAUGUCGGGAAUCAGCCCUACAAAACAAUCUCCUCGCCCGAUGACCUCUGGAAAUGGCAUGGCCGGUGCACCAGUCCUGCCCCCGAUUCGCAGACUAGAACCAAGCCCAAAACUCAUGGGCCGUAGUUCACCAGACGCGCCAAUUCCUCCUCCCGUCAAAUGCAUGACCCCUGAGCAAGAAGAGCGCCGUGCUCGUGAGAAUGCUUCCAUACUUCAAAAUCACGGGUACUCAGCCCACGGCCAGGGUCAUUUAAUGUCCUCUCCAUCCCUGAAUCGCAUUCCUCCUCUAGGUCCUGCAGCCACACAGCAGUACCCUGAGCCCGUCCCAUCACCUCAACGAGGCGUUGAUGUUUCACGACAGUGA